AUGAAUAGCCCUUUUAUAGCCGUAGUCACUGGCACCGUUCGAGGCAUCGGGCUUGCUAUCUGUGCUGCGCUGGUCCGGCAAUCUGAAGGUCCUUUGGUUCUAUACGCAGCCUCUCGCUCCGGGAGUUCUAUUGACUUGACUGGCCUGUCUAUUCCUCCAACCGUGCAAAUCCGCCCUGCUAAGCUGUCCCUCACCGACAAGGCCAGUAUCACCGCUCUCAGCACAAUGGUCGGCAACGAGCACAGGAGCUGCGACAUUCUCAUCAACAAUGCCGGGCUCUACUAUUUCCAAGAGAACGUUACUGCCAUACAACGCCAAGAGACCUUUGACGUGAACUAUCGCGGUACCCUUAAUGUAUAUUACUAG